UACAGUUCGGACGUAUUGGAAAAUAAUUCCCUGUAAAUUCCAAAAGAAUGGCACAAGAAAGAGAUGGAUUUGUUAUCGAAGAUUGCAUAAUCAAAGGGAACGAGAAGUACUAUUCUGUCGACGCUGAUAAUCUCGCGGAGCAAUUAUUGAAACGUGUGGAUGCAGCGUCAGAGCGGAUUUGGCAGAUCAACUCCGUCACCGGCGAAGAAACCACCUACAAGGCCUUCAAGGAACGCAGCAUUCGUUUAGCAAUUUGGAUGAGAAAAGAGGGAGUCGUGGCUGGGGAUAUCGUUUCGGUGUGCUCGCUAAAUCAUCCAGACAUCGGGAGCAUAAUUCUCGCCACAGUAUUGAUCGGUGCAAGUUACAAUGCCUUGCCUAUCCAGGACUUAAAUUUGCAACUUGCCAGAUAUUACGUCGAUUUUAUAAAGCCGCGCGUUAUGUUCGUCGGCAAAGACAAGGCGGAGUUAUUGCAAAAAGCCGCUGAAUCGGAAGAUCACGCUUGGAAAUUGAUCACUUUGUAUGAUGAUCACUUUGAAAAUUUGUUUGGCGGCCAAUCACCUGACGAGAUCGACAAGUUUCAAGUACCAGCUGAGAAAAAUCCAACACACUCGACGAUAAUAAUGCCGACGUCUGGUACAACCGGAAUCAUAAAAUUUGUUUGUUAUUCCAACGAGAGAUGCAUGCGUUGGAUCUCGAGCAUUGAUCUGGAUACCGAAAUGAAAGACACAAAGAGAGUGUGCUUGGAUUAUUUGGCCCCGGAGUGGGAACUUCACUUUCGGUCCAUGCUACAUAAUGUUUUGGUCGGACGCACACAAGUGUUUCACCAAGAAUUUGAGCCAACCGAAACUUGCAAGAUCAUUGAAAAAUACAAGGUAAACAUAUUGGCCGCAGAUGUAUAUCUAGUAACGAUUUUAUGCCAAUCCAAUGUAGCCGAUAACUACGAUCUCCAAUCUCUGUCGUUGCUUAAAACAUGCGGAACGAUAAUCUCGCCUAAAGUUGUCAAUAAAUUACAAACGUAUUUUCGCAAUGCAUUUAUUCAGAAAAUAUACGGUUCGACCGAGACGUUGAUAUUGACAAAAUAUACGAAAAAUUGUCGCAAUCCUGAUUCACAAGGUGUAGUGAUACCCAAUAUACAACUGAAAAUUUGCGAUGUGAAAACUGGCUCAUCUCUUGGACAUAACGAAGUUGGAGAAAUACGAGCGAAUACACCAUUUGGCAUGACUGGUUAUUACAAAAACCCAGAAGCUAACAAGCUGGCGUACGAUAAUGAAGAAUGGUUUCGCAUGGGUGACCAAGGUUAUUACGAUGAGAAUGGCGAACUCGUAAUUAUCGGUAGGCUGAAAGAAAUGAUUAGACAUCGGCUUUAUGACAUUUAUCCAUCGCACAUCGAAGAACUUUUAGUGUGCCAUCCAAACAUCGUGGAUGCCGCCAUCGUUGGAAUUCGUCACGAGAUAGUCAUCGAACAGCCGGUUGCGUUCGUGAAAAUUAGUCCCGAAACCGUCAUGACUGAAGAGGAUGUUUUAAAGGUAUUGUCUGAGCUCGACUACAGUGAUUCAUUUAAAGGCGCUAUUGUAUUCAUCGAUGAAAUACCCCGAUCAAGUAAUGGAAAAAUAAGCAGACGUAUCUUGAGAGAACGCGCUGAAAAAUUCUAUAACCUAGCUAAAGAAAGUUCCGAGUGUCAAGACAAGAAUUGAACCAAACUGUAAUACGA